UAAAAUGAUCUGAACAUUCGUUUCGUUCUGUAUCAUUGUAUGAACUGAGAUUUUAACUGUUCACGAUAUGGUCCAUUUUACUUAGUGUAUUUUACUUAGCUAUCCAGACCUCUGGGCUGAGAACAAAUCACAGUCUCUUACUCGAAAUAAAAACUCAUGACAGUAAAACAGGAAGUGGAACUGAGUUACGCAUGCAGUUUAAUGCUUAAGCAGGGGCGUCAGCAUUUAACGUUGUUACAAAACAGUCAUGACGGACAGAGAUCCAUCUAUUGUGGUGGUUGGUGCUGGUGUGGCAGGACUCGCCGCAGCCAAGAAGCUGAAAGAAUGUGGAUUUAAUAACGUUACUGUGCUGGAAGCCUCCGAGAAUGUCGGAGGAAGAGUAGCUACUGCAACUAUUGGAAAAGCAUGUGUUGAUACUGGGGCACAGUUUAUCCAUGGGGCAACCGAAGUAAACCCAUUCUACUGUCUAUUAAAGAAGUCUGGCCUUCUAAGCCAGGUGCCUGAGAUGGGAUCAGAAGCAUUUUACAGUAACAAGGGGCACAAAGUGGAUACAAACUUCGCCAGAAGUGCAUAUGAUGAUGGUGAGGGCAUAUUUCGACUCCGUGGCUCCAACACGGGGAGGAGUUUGGGGGAACACUUUGCAGAAAAAACCCAGGCUGUGAUUGACAGCCUGCAAGACAAUGAAGAGAAGAUGAGAAAGCAGAGUGUUUUUGCUUUGGUCGGGAAAGACAUGCUGAUAGAUGUUGGAGCUUCAAACCUCCAUAGCAUCUCUCUUGACUCCUGGCAGUAUUAUAUCGACAUGGGGGACACUCUCAAUGUUGCAGGGUUAAUGCUUCAACUGGUGAAUAUGCUACAGGAGGACUUCCCUAAGGAUCGUGUGCUGCUGAAAAGAGAAGUUAGUAAGAUCAGAUGGGAUGGAUCCUUCUCUGCAGGAAAAGACAUGCAGCCUGUUCCUCAUGAUGAACCUCUCACUGCUCAUACUGAAUCCAUUUCUGAAGGGACAGUCCGGCAAUUUCCUGUUUGUGUUGUCUGUGAGAAUGGAGAAGUGAUUCUAGCUGAUCAUGUAAUAGUCACUGUUUCACUGGGCUGUCUAAAGACACAAGCAUCCAGCCUCUUCAUCCCCAGUCUCCCAGCUGAGAAGAUGGAUGUUAUUGACAAGCUGUGCUUUGGCAAUAUUGCCAAAGUCUUUCUGGAGUAUGAAGAGGCAUUCUGGGAGAAUGAUGUUGGUACUAUCAGCCUCAUUUAUGAAGAUGACUCUCCUGCCUCAGUGACCACCAACAAAACUCAGUGGCUCAGGAACAUGCAGUAUUUUACUGUCUUGAGACCCAAAGAAAGGUUUGGCAAUAUCUUGAUUGGUUGGUGUCCUGGAGACAUAGCUGACCUGAUUGAAACCAUGGCAGAGGAGGAAGUCUCAUUUGCCAUUACUGAACAUCUCAGAAUGUUCUUUGGUAAUCCAGACAUUCCUCCACCGAAGUCCAUACUCUGCACUAAGUGGCGCAGUAGCAGGCUCACAUGUGGAUCCUACACUUUCUUGCCAGUUGGUGUAGACGGGCGAGUGAUGGAUACAUUGGCACAACCGCUAAAAGGAGUCCAGCGUCCUGAUGAAGAUCUUCAGGUCAUGUUUGCCGGGGAGGCAACAAUGAAGACUCUCUAUAGCACAGUGCAUGGAGCUAUGCUGUCAGGACACAGAGAGGCAGACAGACUGGCAGCAUAUUAUAAGAAGUCAACGCUUCCCAUUGCCACUGCCUCAGUGGACAAACCAGUCUGAUAAUUAAAGUCACAUUGUGUCGUAACAUUUCAGAUUAAAAGAUUUGAAAUUUCA